CCCGCCUCUUCCAAUUCGUCGACACCGCUCGAGUAAGUCGUUUUCAGCACGGGGGUGAGCAAAAGCCUGAUCUUUACGACAGGGAUUCGACAUAUUGCAUCUCCAGGGGUCUUCUUGCCUUUUGCCGUAUCCCCCCCCACCUGGCUAUUUCAUACCCAGACUCCUCCACCCGGCUCCUUCUUCCACUUUCCUUGCGCAACCACCCUUCCCGCCUACAAUAAUAAAAUCGACCAAGACAGUAGUAGACUCUGCUGCCGAAAGAUGUCGACCAAGGACGAGAAGCACGAUUAUGUGGAGGGCGUGCCCGAGAGCGACAAUGAAACCGCCCCUUGGACUGAGGCCGAAGAGGCGACCGUGCGCCGGAAACUGGACUUCCAAAUUGUCCCCCUUGUGACUUUUUUGUACCUUCUUUGCUUCCUGGAUCGCGCCAACAUCGGCAACGCCAGGAUCCUCGGACUCGAAAGAGAUCUCGAACUACAAUACGGAUACCGAUUUAACAUCGCUACAUCAAUCUUCUACAUAAUCUACUUAACCGUCGAGGUUCCGUCGAACAUCCUCCUGAAGCGCAUUGGUGGCCGAUUUUAUAUCCCCGCUCUCGUCGUAGGCUUUGGCCUUAUGUCGCUAUGCACUGCUUUCGUCCAUACCUUCAGCCAGCUGUGUGCUCUUCGCGCAUUGCUGGGAAUUUUCGAGGGUGGCGCCAUGCCCGGAAUCGCAUUCUACCUCUCCUCUUUCUACAAGCGAGAGGAACUCUAUUUCCGCGUGGGCAUUUACGUCUCUGCUGCUUCCAUGGCUGGUGCUUUCGGCGGUCUUUUGGCUGCUGGCUUGUCGCAAAUUCCGGCGUGGGGAGUUGCCAGCAUGAGAAUUGCUGAAUGGCGCAAUAUCUUCUUCUUCGAAGGCCUCAUUACGAUGAUUGCAGGAUGCCUCGCUCCGAUCCUUCUGCCUCAGACCCCAGGAUCUUCGAAACGUCUGACCGAGCGCGAGAAGUACAUCGCCACCGAGCGCCUGGUCCGCGAGUUCCGGGUUCACGCCAGCGAACAAGUCAAGCCCCGCCACGUCAAGCGCGCGAUGCUCAACAUCAACAACUACAUCUGUGCCGCGGGCUUUUUCUGCAUCAACAUCAGCGUCCAGGGAUUGUCCGUGUUCAUGCCGACCAUUAUCCGCGACUUGGGUUAUACCUCCAUCACUGCCCAGCUGUACACCGUCCCUGUCUACGUCCUCGCCUCGCUCGUGGCCAUCGCCGUCAGCUUCGCCAGUGAUUGGACCGGAAAGCGUGGUAUCUUCCUCGCGGGCUUCACAAUUCUCGGCAUCACUGGAUUCUCUAUGCUCCGUUGGGGCUCAGGCACUUCCGUCAAGUACGCCGCCGUCUACCUGUCCGCCAUUGGCGUCUUCCCUGGUGGUCCUGGUUUCUUGUCGUGGGGACUCAACAACGCCUCGGGCCCGGCCAUCCGUGCGGUCGCCAGUGGAUGGAUCGUUACGCUGGGUACGAUGGGUGGUAUCCUGGCUGUUUGGGCCUACCUGCCCAACGACGGGCCCAACUUCCCUAUCGGCCACUCGAUCAACCUUACUGCGCAGUUCAUCGUUUUGGCCCUCUCAAUAGGCGGCAUCCUCUACUGCCUGUGGGAGAACAAGGUCCGCGCCAGGGGCGGGCGUGACCACAGACUCACUGGGCUGACCGAGGCGGAGCAGGCGGAUCUGGGUUACAGACACCCGGAAUUCCGCUACAUUGCGUAAGACCCCGGUUGGGCAUCUGACGUGGUCAGUGGCUUGGGAAGGAGUAAGGACGUUAUGAAGAUAAGUUGUUCAACACAUUUGUUUUGCGGAGCUUGAUAUGCCAAUCGAGAAUCUCCACCAGAGGGUUACAAGGGAAGGAGAUCGUUCUUAACAGGAUCUCUUUGAAGAAAGCCGCGCUCUUUGACAGCGCUGCGGGUUGUUGGUCUUUGUGUGCAGCAGGUCCCGGCAUCAAGGCUAGUCUAGACUUUACAGUCGAAAUUCCAAACCUCUUUUCAUCUCAAGCUGUAGG